UGCAGCAACAUCUGGAGUGCUUCAGGUUGCCACUCCAGAUAAACGGGAAGAAAAGAAUAUGUGUUGGAAGAAAGCUCCUUCUUUAAUUUUCCUGCUCCUUCUCAUGCUUUUGAUGAGUGGCAGUUCCUUUUCAAAAGAUGAACUGAAGCUGCUUCAUACUAAGGACAACCAGAGAUUUGCCUGUUUAGGUUGCGUGACUGUGGUGUCUUUAAUAGAACAGUUUUCUCAAGUCCACAACUCUACAGUAAAAGCAACUCUGGAGAAACUCUGUACCUACUUACCUGUGUAUGGUUUUCCAGGAAAGUCCCCCCUACAGGGUAUUUGUUUUCUGCUUGUUGAAAUAUAUGGACCAAAGAUUAUUAAACUGAUAGAAGCCAAAAUAAAUGCGGAUGUGGUAUGCCAUUUCAUUCACGUAUGUAAGAAGAAGGCAGGCCAACCAUACUGUCAUCUAUACCCUCCUCCUAAGGAAGGGUUUAAUGUAGCCAUAAAGAAAUCAAAAGAAAUGUUUACAACUGGAAGCCAGAAAUACAUGCAUGAACUAUCAUUUAUAUGUACACUUCCUUUUGUGAGGAAUCUGUGCCAGAGAACUAAACUUCUACUCAAGAACCAGUUCCCAUUUGUAGAUCUUGAUGGAGAUCACUUUAGUACUUACCCGAAUUUGAGAGGGUAUUACUGGAGAGGCCGAGACUGUGAUGAUACAAAUGCUGCUGUGUACCCGGGUAGACGCCCUGAGACCUGGGAUGCAAAAGAAGAUUCCAACUGUAAUGGCAUAUCAGGUGUUGAUCCAAAAGAUGGUAUUCCUUACGAACAGAAAUUCUGCAAUGGCACAGAAUCCAAGGGUAUAAUUAUGCUGGGAGAUUCUGCUGGAGCUCUGGCUCACAUUCCUCCUGAAUGGAUAACAGCAUCGCAGAUAUCACCGAAAACGUAUUCCAACCUUCUUGAUGUAAUUAGCAAUGAAAUUGACUGGCCUCAGUUUUCAGCAGUCACUGGAUUUCUCAAUUCCACAAUUGGAGGAUGGACAGAGUCACUCUACCGCCUAUUACGCAGAAGAAAUCGCUGCAAUCAUAGAGAUUACCAGAAUAUUUCUAAAAAUGGUGCCUCUUCAAGAAGUGCCCUACAUCUUGUUCAAGGCUUAGCAAGGAAUCAACAGUUCGACAAACCGGCAAUAGUUAUUUUUGCAAUGAUUGGGAAUGACGUCUGUAAUGGAAGUCCGGACACAUUGAAAAAAAUGACACAGCCUCAGCAAAUGCGUUCCAAUGUUGUGAAGACUUUGCUUUACUUGAACAGUCACCUUCCAAAAGGGAGCCAUGUGGUUUUGAUUGGCUUAGUAAAUGGUAGCUUCAUCUGGGAUACCAUGCACAGCAGAUACCAUCCUCUUG